CCCUCAGUCUACUAUAUCUCCCACUAUGUCAGUUCAAUUCAUCAAAUGUUUUUAAUAUUUAAGGUUUUGUCAUGUGCAAGGCUAGGUCGUGAUUAUAUAAGUACAAAAAUAAAAGAUCUCACACUAAAGAGCUUAUAUUCUAAUAUAUGAUCAUGUGAUCAGCAUGAGUGUAGGUAUAAAAGAAACAUAAGUCCCAUCUUUGGUUCUUUUAGACUUAUUGAGGAAAGAAACGUCAACAUACAAGAAACAGUCAACUUAGUUCAGAAGCCACUCUUAUCCAAAAAAAAAUGGCUUUGAUUAAGAUACUAAUCAUCAAUGGUAUGGUCAAAAUGAGAGACAGAGGCCUUGAAUAAUCAGCCCCUGAAUAAUUGAGAAUUGGCAGUGUUAGAUAUUAUAGAUGAAAACCUCAGUGUACUGCUUGAUCCCUUUAAUACAUUUUUUUUGGUGGAACUGUCAAUUUUCCUUUCUGCCCUUUGAAGGAAAAUGAAUUAUAAUGGAGAAUGCCAAAUUCUAUCCUAGACGGUAUACUUACCUGUUAUGGUGACUGAAACAAAAAAGAGGAGCAAGUGAUUCAAAUGUAAUGAAUCAGUAAUGAUGUAAGCCUAUUGUGGACAUUGGGAUCCACUUUGAUUCUUGUUUUUUUUUUGGGGGGGGACAGUUUAUUCUGACCUAAAGAGUUGACAACUUUUGGAUUUUUUAUCCCACCCCAUAUUACGGGAAGUAAUCCAGAAGAAAACUCUUGUAGAAUGGUAUUUCCCUUACUCUGUUGUAUUCUGAGAGUAGCCUUGACGUAGUUAUUACUCAAACAUUAACUGAAGUAAAGUUUGAGCAGCAGUAACUGAAUUACAGAUAAUAAUAAUAAAAAUGAGAAGCAAUAACAAAGCAUGUAGUAGUUGGAGAGUCAAUCUCCAAGUCAUCAAGAUCUGGGUUCAAGUUCUGCCUCUGAUUUGUGUACUAGGUAAAUGACUUCAAACAAAUUGCUUAAUAUUUUAGCACCUCCCCCAAGGUUUUCAAGAUGAGAAUUUAUAGACCAGUUGUAGAUCUGCAUUAGUGGAAGGAGUUUCCACACUAGGAGUGGCUUACAAAAGCAAAUUCACAUCUGAUAAGGAAGGAAGGAAGGAAGGAAGGAAGGAAGGAAGGAAGGAAGGAAGGAAGGAAGGAAGGAAGAACUUACUUGGAGUCCCAGCUGAGAGGGUCAAGAGGUGUAUAGACAAGAGGCAGUGGUGAGAGGGAGAGAGAGAGAGAGAGAGAGAGAGAGAGAGAGAGAGAGAGAGAAUGAAUGAAUGAGAAUAAGAAUGAAUGUAGAAUGUGGGACCAAAGUAGUUACAAUUGUUGCUAAUUCCUAAUUUGAAAGUCUAUCUUAAUAAGAGGAAACAAUGUGAUAUGGCUAUCAGAAAAAUUAAUGCCAUUUUAAGCCAUAUUUAGAGAGGAAGAAUGACCAGGAAUAAAGUAUUCUGACUUUGUCCAUAUCUAGACCAUUGUCCAUAUCUAGAACAUUAUAUUCAAUUCUGGGUCCCAUAUUUAAGGAAGAGAUACUGAGAGUGUCCAUGAGAAAGCAGUUAGAAUAGUGAAAGCCCUUGAAUUGCUGGCCUAUGACAAUUGGCUAAAGGAUCUGUGAAUGUUAGCCUGGAGAAAAGUUAGAGGAUACACAAUAGAUAUUUUGAAGUAUUUGAAAGGUUGUCACUUGGUAGAGAGAGAUGGGAUGAGGUUUGCUUGGCCCAAGAAGGAAAAAUUGGGACAUGAGCAAAAAAGCUAUCUGAGAAAUAGAGUGGUCUUAAAAUAGAAUGGAAGGUGUUGGAAGGGGGUGUAUUUUCCCAUUCUGGGGGGUCUUUAAGGAAGAUUGAAUGAUAUUUGCUCAGGUAUAUUGUAGAAGGAACUCUUAUUCAAGUGUGAGAUGGAAAAGAUGGCCACUGAGGUCACAUCCAAGCUCUGAAAUUCUCUGAUCUUGAAGUAUAUGAGUUUUCUAUAACAAAAUGAAAAAAAAACCCUUCAUUUUAUUGAAUUUAGACUUAACAAAAUACUGUUCUGACUUGCGGCCAGUCCGUCAAGAUGCUACUGACACAGAAUGAAUUUAGGACAAACUCAAUUCAUUGCUGUUGUCAGAGUCCCCAGUAACCCACCUGGUUCCAUUUCCAAAGUACCACACAUUUCUUCAGGUAUAAAGACUGCUGCUGAAAUAAAGCGCAUCUUGAGUUCCACUCACUCAACCCCACAUCUUAGACACUUUCCAAACUCCUCCCUGACCCAGUGUAAGUCCCGUUGGUUUGAAUUGUGUGAAGUUGUCAAAGGUUGCUUUGCUCUCCAGAGCUUGGCACCAGCCCCACUGAAAUGUGAUGCCAUUGGUUUUCAGUAAAGGUUCCUUUCUGCAGGGCUGCAAACACUCAGAUCAGCUGCUACUGUGUAUACACAACUAGGGAACAAACCAACCGGCACAUUUAAAGCAGCCUUUUUAACCCCGAGACUUUCCAAGAUCUCUUCCUCCCCCAGGAAGUUUCCUUUUUUUCUAUUGUCAGACUUAGCACCGUGCUCUUGUAAUCAGAUCAGAGAGCUAGGAUCUCUGCUGCACAGUAGAGAGGCUUCCUUAAGAUAUUUGUCCUUGAAACUGCACCAAACUCUUGGAAGAACCCAGAACCUUUUUCCAGGGAGCCCUACAAUACUCAGAAGAGGAUAGAGAAGGAGACUCCCAGAGUUGAAAGGGCUUCUCUGCAGAAUGUCAAGCAAAGAUCGACACAUUGAUUCUAGCUGUUCGUCAUAUAUCAAGACGGAACCCUCAAGCCCUGCCUCCUUAACGGACAGCAUCAACCAUCACAGCCCCGGUGGCUCUUCAGACGCCAGCGGGAGCUAUAGUUCCACCAUGAAUGGCCAUCAGAAUGGACUUGACUCACCACCUCUGUAUCCUUCUGCCCCUGUCCUUGGAGGUAACGGGCCUGUCAGGAAACGAUAUGAUGAUUGUUCCAGCACCAUAGCAGAAGAUUCACAGACCAAGUGUGAAUACAUGCUAAAUUCGAUGCCCAAGAGACUGUGUUUGGUGUGUGGUGAUAUUGCGUCUGGGUACCACUAUGGGGUAGCUUCGUGUGAAGCCUGCAAGGCCUUCUUCAAGAGGACAAUUCAAGGUAAUAUAGAAUACAGCUGCCCAGCCACAAAUGAAUGUGAAAUCACAAAACGCAGACGCAAAUCCUGCCAGGCUUGCCGUUUCAUGAAGUGUCUAAAAGUUGGCAUGCUGAAGGAAGGGGUGCGUCUUGAUAGAGUCCGUGGAGGUCGCCAGAAAUACAAACGCAGAAUAGAUGCAGAGAAUAGCCCAUACCUGAACCCUCAGCUGGUUCAGCCAGCCAAAAAGCCAUUGCUCUGGUCCGUUCCUGCAGAUAACAAGAUUGUCUCACAUUUGCUGGUGGCUGAACCGGAGAAGAUCUAUGCCAUGCCUGACCCUACUGUUCCAGACAGUGACAUCAAAGCUCUCACUACCCUCUGUGACCUGGCUGACAGAGAACUGGUGGUCAUCAUUGGAUGGGCUAAGCAUAUUCCAGGUUUCUCUACUUUGUCUCUGGCUGAUCAGAUGAGCCUUCUGCAAAGUGCUUGGAUGGAGAUUUUAAUCCUUGGUGUUGUAUACCGAUCACUUUCUUUUGAGGAUGAACUUGUCUAUGCAGAAGAUUAUAUUAUGGAUGAAGAUCAGUCCAAAUUAGCAGGCCUCCUUGACCUCAACAAUGCCAUCCUGCAGCUGGUAAAGAAAUACAAGAGCAUGAAGCUGGAGAAAGAAGAGUUUGUCACCCUCAAAGCUAUAGCGCUUGCUAAUUCAGAUUCAAUGCACAUAGAAGAUGUUGAAGCAGUGCAAAAACUCCAAGAUGUCUUACAUGAGGCUCUUCAGGAUUAUGAAGCUGGUCAACACAUGGAAGACCCCCGUCGGGCUGGCAAGAUGCUGAUGACUCUCCCGCUUCUGAGGCAAACCUCUACCAAGGCUGUGCAACAUUUCUACAACAUCAAAUUGGAAGGCAAAGUCCCUAUGCACAAACUUUUUUUGGAAAUGCUGGAGGCCAAGGUUUGACUAAAAGCACCCUAGGCCUUCCCAUCAUGCACGCUGAAAAGGGGAAAAUAAACCGGAAAAUUAAUGACAAAGAAACUUUAAUGACAACAACAACAAAAUGACUGCACUGAUCAUUUAGCAGCAAGACUGUGAUGCAGCUUUCAACUUCCUCUGUAUCUUUUGAUGCAGUCUCUCUACUUUAUCUCUUAUCCUGAUGUUCACUUUCUUCCCCUCCUUUCUUUGUUCCUUCCUUUCCUACUCGCAUCCCUUUCUUCCAUUUUCCUUCUUCUCCUCUUUUCUCUUCUCUCCUUACUUCUGUCUCAUCAACCUUUCCUCCUUCUAUCCUUUCUUCCUAACUUCCUUCCUUCCUUCCUUCCACUGAACUUUUUAAAAAAAGAGGUCUCUAAUUGAAGAGAUGGAAGCCGGCCCUGCCAAAGGAUGGAGAUCCAUAAUAUGGAUGCCAGUGAACUUAUUAUGAACCAUUAUGUCCCCAGUGACAAAGGAAUCAAAGAGAGAACCAUCGUACCUAACAGUAAAAUAUAACACAAUGAAUUGACUCAAUGCAGUAUUAGAUUUCAUAGGAGCAGUCUCUAAUUAGGCGACUUAAGCAACGUGGCAUCGGCUGCUUCUUACCAUUGCAUUUCCAUCUAGAUCAGUUACAGCCAUUUGAUUCCUUAAUUGUUUUUUCAAGUCUUCCAAUUUGUUAGGUUUAGCUACUAUGUAACUUUUUCAGGGAAUAGUUUAAGCUUUAUUCAUUCAUGCAAUACUAAAGAGAAAGAAAAAUACUGCAUUUUUGUGCUGGCUUUGAACAAUGAUGAACAAUAAUGAAGGACAAAUGAAUCCUGAAGGAAGAUUUUUUUAAAAUGUUUUGUUUCUUCUUACAAAUGGAGAUUUUUUUGUACCAGCUUUACCACUUUUCAGCCAUUUAAUAAUGUGGAAAUUUAUCUUAUUCAAGCAAUAGUUGAAGGGAAGGUGCAUAUUAUCACGGAUGCAAUUUAUGUUGUGUGCCAGUCUGGUCCCAAAUAUCCAAUUUCUUAACAAGAGCUCCAGUAUAGCUAAAUGUUCACUUGCACAAGGGAUUAGAUUACACCUACAGGGGCUCUGAAUAGUCCGAAUACCCCACACAUCUCUAGAACUGUUAGAAGAGCAUAUCUGUACCUGAGAGGUAGAGUUGUCAUUUGACUUCUAACUAUAACAGUGACAAAGAAAUGAAAUACUGCUUGUUUGCAAAGUUAAGAACAUUUCAUAGAAGGAGCUGUGAGCCAAUAUUUGUUAGAGGCAAUAAGUUAAAUGCCAAAAUUUGCAGAAAUUGAUAAUGAUAGCAAACACCUGACCAAAUUCCAAAAUUAGACUCGUAUGAGUUUAUUCAUUUAAAAUUUUGUUUUUUGGGACUUGAUUUCGAUGGCAGUUUUCUUUUACCAAUAGCAAAAUAAGACUACAUGCUUUUCAACCAGUAUUGUCACAGCAUGAAAGUCAGUCAGGUUCAAGACUGUUAAAGAGGUGUAAUCUAAUGUAUAAAUCAAUUAGAUGCCCCCAGAAAACUACAGUCGCUAAAUAACCAAUAAACAAUAACCUCCAUCCAAUGCUAUACCAAUGUACCAGUGUUAGUAGCUGCUCCCUGUAUUAUGUGAACAUUCUUAUUCUAUGUACACAGAUGUAAUUAAAAUUGUAAUCCUAACAAACAAAAGAAAUGUAGUUCAGCUUUUCAAUGUUUCAUGUUUGCUGUGCUUUUCUGAAUUUUUAUGUUGCAUUCAAAGACUGUUGUCUUGUUCUUCUUGUGGUGUUUGGAUUCUUGUGGUGUGUGCUUUUAGACACAGGGUAGAAUUAGAGACAAUAUUGGAUGUACAAUUCCUCAGGAGAUUACAGUAGUAUAUUCUAUUCCUUACUGGUAAUAAGGUUCUUCCUAAUAAUAAUUAAGAGAUUGAAACUCCAAACAAGUAUUCAUUAUGAACAGAUACACAUCGAAAUCAUAAUAUUUUCAAAACAAGGAAUAAUUUCUGUAACAGUUUAUUAUAGAAUACCAAUGUAUAGCUUAGAAAUAAAACUUUGAAUAUUUCAAGAAUAUAGAUAAGUCUAAUUUUUAAAUGCUGUAAAUAUGGCUUUUACUCAAUCAUCUCUCAGAUGUUGUUAUUAACUCACUCUGUGUUGUUGCAAAACUUUUUGGUGCGGACAAGUUUCCAAAACUAUUGCUACUUCGUGUGCUUUAAACAAAAUACCGUGGGGCUGAUGUUCAUCAGCCUUGUGCUAGAAAUACUGUGUAUCUAUCAUUAGCUAUAUGGGACUAUAUUGUAGAUUGUGGUUUCUCAGUAGAGAAGUGACUUAGUGUGAUUCUAGAUAAAUCAUCAUUAGCAAUUCAUUCAGAUGGUCAAUAACUUGAAAUUUAUAGCUGUGAUAGGAGUUCAGAAAUUGGCACAUCCCUUUUAAAAUAACAGAUUUAAAAAAAAAGUACAACUCCUGGGAAAAAAAGGUGCUGAUUCUAUAAGAUUAUUUAUAUAUAUAUAUAUAUUAUAAGUGUUUAACAAAAGAAUAAUAAUAAUAAUAAUAAUAAUGUUUAUUUUCCAGAAGAAUUGUGCUGGUUUUAAGUUAACUACUAUUCAACUACAUAUAUAUACUACAAUAUAUAUGUAAUAUAGCUAAUAUAUAAACAUUGUUUUCACUGUAUCACAUUAAAGAACCUGGGCUUCAGAGUCAAAAGCCAAACAACCUAAGAGAUAGAGAUGUAUUAAAGGAGUACAGUGCAAAUUUUAGUUUUCUUUUUCAGUGACUUCUGGCCGUACAAAAGGACAACUGUCUCAAGAUUCCGAAGCAAAAUUGGUCAAAAGAACCAUGUGGACUUGUAGGGUAAAAGCUCAUCUUAAACCAUGCUGGAGGACAGUUUUUUCAAGGUUCAAUCAAGACCACUUACUGAAUGUGAAGUUUGGGAGAGUUUUUAAAGUGUAUGUUUUAGCCAUGAUGAUUUUGAUUUCUAUGUUUGAUUCAGUUAUUUUUUUUUCUUAUUUAAAGCAAUAUGAUUGUGUGACUCCCAGAAGUUACACUUGUGUUUCAAUCAGAUCAGAUUGUUGUAUUUAUUCCACUAUUUUGCAUUUAAAUGAUAACAUAAAAGAUAUAAAAAAUUUAAAACUGCUAUUUUUCUUAUAGAAGAGGAAAUGGGUGUCGGUGAUUGUAUUUUAAUUAUUUAAGCGUCUCUGUUUACCUGCCUAGGAUAACAUUUUAUGGCAGUCUUAUGUGCAAAGAUCGUAAAAGGACAAAAAAUUUAAACUGCUUAUAAUAAUCCAGGAGUUGCAUAAUAGCCAGUAGUUAAAAACAAAAUGAAACAAAAACAAAAAACCAUGUCUAUAGCUGUAGAUGGGCUUCACAUCUGUAAAGCAAUCAAUUGUAUAUUUUUGUGAUGUGUAUCAUACCGUGUGCUCCAAAAAAUGUCCAUUUGUGUAAAUGUAUUUAUUUUAUAUUGUAUAUAUUGUUAAAUGCAAAAAGGAGAUAUGAUUCUGUAACUCCAAUCAGUUCAGAUGUGUAACUCAAAUUAUUAUGCCUUUCAGGAUGAUGGUAGAGCAAUAUUAAACAAGCUUCCACUUUU